AUAUAACCAAACGUUUUUUUCUUCUUCUUUCCUUCACUCAUCAUUAUCGGAUCCUUUCACCAGCAAGCAACACAACUUUAAAAGCUAUGAUGCCUUCUAGGUCGGCGACACCAGCAGCAGCAGCUCCUCCUCCAACGACGUCGUAUUGGUGUUACAGCUGCACGCGUUUCAUCAGCGUUUCCACCGGCCAAGACGCAAACGCCGGAGGAUACGCCUCGUGUCCUCACUGCAACGGUGGAUUCAUCGAAGAGGCCGAAGAUUCCUCCGCCGCGGAAGCACCGGCUACGACACCGGUGUCUCAGUUCGAGGAUGGUCACAGAUCUGUAAUCAGACGGCGGAGAUCCGACCGCCGCACUUCGUUUAAUCCGGUGAUCGUCUUACACGGAGGAGCCGGCGGCGAGAGAGUCGAGAACGACGACGGCGAAGAUCGACGCCCUUACGAAUUCUAUUACGACGAUGGAUCCGGUUCGGGUCUCAGGCCGCUUCCGGACUCCGUAUCCGAGAUCCUGAUGGGAUCCGGAUUCGAGCGGUUGCUCGAGCAGCUGAGCCAGAUCGAGGCGUCGGGAAACGGACUCGGUAGAUCCGGGAACCCUCCGGCGUCGAAAUCGGCGGUAGAAUCUUUGCCCCGAGUCGAGAUCGGAGAGAUUCACGUCAGAGCGGAGGCGAACUGCGCGGUUUGCACGGAGGUUUUCGAGGCGGGAGCGGAAGGGCGGGAGAUGCCGUGUAAACACGUUUUCCACGGCGAUUGCAUCGUUCCUUGGCUCUCGAUACGGAACUCGUGCCCCGUCUGUCGGUUCGAACUGCCUUCGGAUCCGGUUGGACGGAGGAGGAGGAGUAGCGAGGAAGAACACGCCGCCGCCGUGGGGAUGACGAUCUGGAGACUCCCCGGGGGUGGAUUCGCCGUCGGGAGGUUUAACGCGGGGGUGAGAGAAGGGGAGAGGGUUUUGCCGGUGGUGUUGACGGAAGUGGACGGUGGUGGGCUGGGGAGUGGUGAGGGUCCGAGACGAAUCUCUUGGGUUAGGGAUCAUGGGGCGGCGGAGAUUAGCGGAAACGGCGGUGCUCGCGCUGGUAGGUUGAGGAGAGCAGCUCGGGGAGUGGUUUCGUUUAUGAGGAGGAUGAGACCUAAUCGUGGCUCUUCUUCCAAUAUUGUUGAUUUGGAUACAAACGGUGAAUCUAGGGUUAUGAAUCGAUCGACGUCGUUGAUCAGAAGAAUGUUUAGGUGAAGAAUGUUCAAAUUUUUGUUACGUUUUGAUUUAAAAAUGUAUAUAAAUUUAGAUGAACUAUUUGGAACAUAAAUAGUACUUUGGUGUUUCUCUUUUGUUGUUCGAUUAAUUUUUUUGUCAGUUUCAUCAAAAUUUAUGGAAAAACAUAAUGUCAAAUUCAUUAUUGUUAUUAAAAAUUAUUUCUUCAGUUUCA